GUUACGUCGACCGCGAAAAUAGAAAAUCUAUUUCAAUGUUACCGCUCGUGCGUUAAUGCAUCUUCAAUUCCACAUCAAUUGUAAUGCUGCCUUUGGAAUCGAAACUCAGUUCGACGGGACGUAAUUUUCGAAAAACCCAAAACUGGUUUUUCUAUGCCUACGUCACGGCGAUAAAAGUCAUGCGGUGAUAAAGUAGAAUUCCUGCUUGACAGUGAUGACAAAAAGUUCGUAGCAAAGGAUUAGGGUCUCGACGGGAAGCGACAAGUGGAGGUGGUCCUUAUCAAAGGUUUCAACAGCGCGGUCAGAGUGGGGCAGAGAACGUCGCGCACACUUCGUGCUCUACCGCAGCUGGCGCUGCGCACGCGCAACUCUCUUACAAAUUCAAAAUAUGUUUACCAUUUCAGUGUUGAGGUGAUAACUUUUCUGUGUCUGUGCAGUUUAUGUGUGUGUAAAGGAUUAGAAGGAUACACUACGUGAAGUGCUCCACUGACCAACUGCCAAGAUGGGUUGCAAGCUAUCAUUCGUCGACGAUUUACUGAACCGGUCUUUCUACAAACUCGGCUUGGUCGUCGGCAAGCAGCCCGGCUACUUCAUCAUCAUACCAGUCCUCCUCACACUCCUGAUGAUCACAGGCUACCAGCGAGUGCACUAUGAAAUGGACCCAGAAUACCUCUUCUCCCCUGUCAGUGGUCAAGGAAAGAUGGAGAGGCGAAUUGUCGAAGAGUACUUCAAAGUGAAUUAUACGCACAGAUUCAAUGUUGGCAGGAUAACGAGGCCAGGUAGAUUCGGCCGCGUGAUCAUCGUAGCAAAGGAUAACGACACAAACAUGCUGCGUACAGAAGUAUGGAAGGAGCUUCGGCAGCUGGACGAAUAUGUGCAGAAUGUCACAGUGACCUUGGAAAAUGGUGACACGUUUUCCUACAAAGAAGAGUGCGCGCGGUGGGAAGGGCAGUGCUUUUCCAACGAUAUCCUGAAUCUGGAUAAAAUUAUUGGAGAGGUGGAACGCGGAGAGUUGAACCUAACAUUUCCUAUAAUGUUCAACCCUGUAACGUGGGAGGCCCACGCUUUUCCCGUAUUCUUUGGCGGCUCCACCGUAGUAGAUGAUAUAAUCGUCUCUGUACCAGCGGUACAGCUUGUUUGGUUCCUGAGGACCGAUACUAAACUGCAGCAGGAAAGAGGUGCAGCAUGGGAAGAUGCGUUUCUGGAUGCCGUCGGUAUAGCAGAAGAUACGGGACGUUUUAAGCACAUCUCAAUAGCGCGAUUCGCAUCACGAACACUCGACCACGAGCUGGAAAAGAACACCAAGACCGUUAUACCAUUUUUCAGCUCCACGUUUAUUUUGAUGGGAAUUUUCUCCAUAGUCACUUGCAUGAUGGGAGACUGGGUCAGAUCAAAACCCUGGUUAGGGUUACUGGGGAACAUAUCAGCUGUGAUGGCAACGGCUGCUGCUUUCGGCUGUGCAAUUUAUUUGGGCAUAUCUUUCAUCGGAAUCAAUCUUGCCGCACCGUUCUUAAUGAUUGGAAUCGGGAUCGACGAUACGUUCGUCAUGCUAGCAGCUUGGAGACGCACGUCAUCCAAACUCCCAGUGCCGGAGCGGAUGGCUAUAAUGCUUUCAGAGGCAGCUGUAUCAAUAACAAUCACGUCCGUAACGGAUAUGCUAUCGUUCUUCAUCGGCGUUUUCUCGCCUUUCCCUUCGGUGCAGAUUUUCUGCAUGUAUUCAGGUCUAGCUGUAUGUUUCACAUUCGUUUGGCACAUAACAUUCUUCUCUGGUUGUGUGGCUGUAUCGGGAUACCGGGAGAAGCAAAAUCGACAUACAAUCACGUGGUUAAAAGUAUUGCCGGAAUCCAGAGCGAGAAAGGAAGAAAAGAAUUGGAUGUAUCGUGUUUUCUGCAGCGGCGGCAUUGACCACGUGGACCCAGACAAUCCUAUAGACAACAAGGAACACUGCAUCAUGGCAUUCUUCCGAACAACCAUGGCCGAUUUGCUCAAUAACAAUUUGAUCAAGGCUCUGGUCAUAGCAGUAUUUUUAGCGUAUUUAGCUGGCGCUGGAUACGGAGUGACAAAUUUACAAGAGGGAUUAGAGAGAAGGAAGCUUUCGAAAGUGGAUUCGUAUUCUGUCGUGUUCUUUGACCGCGAAGAUCUAUAUUAUAGAGAAUUUCCGUACAGAAUACAGGUCGUGAUAAGUGGAAACUAUAAUUAUUCAGAUCCGAAAAUUCAAGACGAAGUAGAAACUUUAACGCAAAGAUUAGAAAAUACGUCAUACAUCUCCAACUCAUUGUACACGGAAUCGUGGUUGCGUACAUUUGUUAAUUAUGUUGAAAGGAAUAACGACUAUCUUAACGUAUCCAUCGACACUGAGGAAGAUUUCAUCCAUAAUCUCAAAGAGUUAUGGCUGUUCCCGGCUAAUCCAUUUUCAUUGGAUGUGAAAUUCAACGAAGCCGGAAAUCAAAUUCUUGCCUCGAGAUUCCUAGUACAGGCUAUUAAUAUCAGCGGAACGAACCACGAGAAAGAAAUGGUCAAAGCCCUUCGAGAAGUUGUGGCGCAAUCGCCGUUAAAUGCUUCCGUGUUUCACCCAUAUUUCGUGUUCUUCGAUCAGUUUGAGCUGGUGAGGCCGACAUCAAUUCAGAAUCUCUGUUAUGGUGCAUUGAUGAUGAUGAUAACAUCCUUUAUUUUCAUACCGAACAUACUUUGUUCAUUAUGGGUGGCCUUCAGUAUCAUAUCUAUAGAAAUUGGCGUCGUGGGAUACAUGGCACUGUGGGAUAUCAACCUGGACUCUAUAUCAAUGAUAAACCUUAUAAUGUGUAUAGGUUUCUCAGUGGAUUUCACUGCUCACAUCUGUUACGCGUACAUGGCAUCUAAAGCGAAAUAUCCUAAGGAAAGAGUCAGCGAAUGUCUAUAUUCUUUAGGGUUACCGAUCGUUCAGGGAUCAUUCAGUACUAUAUUGGGUGUUGUUGCGUUACUCCUGGCUGACAGUUAUAUUUUCUCUGUAUUCUUCAAAAUGGUGUUCAUGGUUAUUUUCUUUGGUGCAAUGCACGGGCUUUUCUUAUUACCAGUGCUACUAUCUCUCUUCGGCCCAGGUUCUUGUACCAGACAUGAAAAGGACCUAAAGAUAUCGAAGGUCGAGAAAAUAUUUCCAAACCCGUAUUGUUUACCCCAUCCCCAGUUAGUACUCAACGACCAAAUAUACAAUGGAAAGAAUAUAAAUCCGAAUGGAGUCUACAAAAUAUACGGGGACGAUAAAGACUUGGGCAUUGGAACAUCGGGCGAGGACACCAGUGAAAGUAGCUCGAAUCAGUCGCAGAGACGUCAAAUCAGCAGUGAUGAGGAUACAAGAACGAAAUAUGAGAUCGGAUGGAAAAAGUACAAUCAAAGCACAAGUCAGUUCCAACCUUCCGGCGAAUUAGAUUUGUACGGACAGGAAACGGAUCGUGCUUGGCAAAGACAAAGACACGGGAGUAAUCGUAUCGAACGUUUUGAAAACCACAGAAGUCCUCCCCCGCACAGAGAAGAGGUUAUACUGGCACGGCGACGGACAAGCGAUACUAGUCCACAGCGUGACGGCACUUACAGAGUGAUGCGAACACACUCCCACCACAACAUCCACAGGCCAAGAGCUCCUAGACGCACUAACUCUCACCAAAAUCUGGAACAUUUAGAUUACGUUGCCGAAAUGCGGUUUCCUUGACAUUAAGCCAUUAAGUUCUCAUAACAGACUAUAAUUCAAGUGCUCAAUUGUGGACCAAAGUAUUUUUCCCAUGUGGAUUAUGAAUAUAAGCUGUAUUUUUUCAGUGAUGUUUUAAAAACCUUUGGACAAUUACGAUAUUGACUUAGUUUAGGAUAGGAAAUUUUAAGACCAAUAAAACGUUGACAAUCGCUCUGUCUGUAAACUACAAACAAGAUUGUGUAAGUAAGAAUAAAAAGUGCAUAAGUGUUAAUAGAUGCAAAUAAUACUAAAAGUAUUAAGGAAAACCUUUCAAGAAAUACUUUAUAAUUCAUAUAAAUAUGGAUACUCAUUGAUAUAUAACUCAUUGUUUUAGGCUUUUUGCUUUUUGAAGCGACCGGAAGAACUCAACCCCAUUAACAGCAAAUCCAGCUAUGAUUUUGCCUUAUUUUAUUAUUGGUGCCAUUUCAGCUGUACAUAAUUCCUUACCUUAUAGCUAAAAUGAAAGGUCUAAAUGUAGUUGUAAAAUAGCACUAGUUUGUGUACCCAAUAGCACUAAUUCUAGGCAUCGCCUAAAUUGUAUGCCUAAUAAUUCGGGCGAUAUCCAUAGAAAAAUAACAUUUCACAAACUCUUCUGUGAUAAGUUUUGGUGAACAGUUGAUGUAAGAAAAGUUAUCUCCUUAAGGCGUUACUAAUUUAGGCAUUGCCUUGUUCUUCGUUCGAGCAAACGGUCAUAAGCAUUAUUAAAAAUAGAGUAACACCCACUCCGGUCAUAUAUGAAUGUUAUAUAGUUAUGUAUACAACGUGUAAUAGAAAUACGAAAUAAUAUUAAAGGGUACAUAAGUAUAUUUCAUAAGAAAUCACCCUGAAUUAUUUCUUUUUAUUUCCAUACAAUCUUCUGAAUUAAAAACUUUCAAAGUUUUUAGUUAUGACAACCCUAUUGAAGAUAAAAGAUAGACACGCGUCUAGUUCUUAUGCUACGCGACGCGUACCUAAUAAAGUGACAGGAGUCACAUAAUUUUAAUUUUGCAUGCGAUGUUAGGGCUGUAUCUGAAUUCUUUCAGUAAAAACUAUGGCAGUGGCUUACUCAAAAACUAUUAGAUUUUCGGUUUCACAGAUAAGUUUCAGAGACUGUACAAAACGUACUUCUAAAGCCGGCGAAGUAUUAUUUCUGUUUUCAUUUACACGUUGUAUAUCACAAAAAAAAACAAAUAAAACAGCAAUGAUUUUAAAAAUAAUUUAUUUAAACUUAAGAGUUCCUAAGAUGUAUGUGUACAUGACACUAUUUCAGUCAACCUUGCUUACGCUAUCAUUAUCCAAUAUCUUGCAAUAAAUGCGUAUUUUUAAGAUAUACAUCAAAAGAGCUGGUGUACUCCGAAACACUAAAUAUUUAUUCUAGACAAUAUGGGCCCUAUUUCACUCUAAAUUCACAACACAGAAACACAAAAUAUGGUAUAAAAAUAUGAAAAAGGUUUCAAACUUACGUGUUUUGCGAUUUUUCAAUAGUGAUAAACAACAAGACCCUGAUCAGUUCAGAUUGUUUAGUAGUUACUAUUACUAACUCGGCAUUUGUUGCUGAAUAAAGUUCCAGUUUUCCGCUUUAAACCUAACUAACAAUAUAAAUGCGAAAGUGUCAAAAAAUGUUUAUCCUUCAUUCACGCUCUACCUAAGCAACCAAUCCACUGCAUUUUUGGCAUUGAGUUAGUCGAAGGACGGGGAGCAAAAAGUAGCCUAUGCUAGCCUAUGUUAGGCUACUUUUUUCUUCAAGAAAACAAAGGAGAAAAAAAACCGUAAUAAACACGGAAUUCUUCGUCCGUGAACGAUUGAAGAACGCGGACAUCUGCUGGUAUUUAUAAAUUAUUAUCAACCCAUUUCUGCCCCGAUACGAAGCACGGAUCUCUCCUCAGAAUGAGAAGAGUUAAGAAAAAGGUUUUCUUACGUUGAUUUCAUUGAAAUUUAAUUGAUAUUAUAAAUAUAUAAAAACUUUCUAGGAAUCAAUGUCAAUUCGAAAUGGAAGUCGAACUCUUACCCACUAGGCUAACAGUGUUUUUGUAUAUAGAUACCUUUAAUUAUGGUUUGUAGUAAAAUCUACAGUGCUCGUUCGUAAUCACAGUAUUACUCCGUAGUAAUAAUAGUUAAUAAUAUCUCUAUCAUACGUCUACCUAUUCGAUCGUAUGAAAGUUAACUUAGAUUCGUAGAGAGCAUUUCUUUCAUAAACAACGAUCGUUUGGCUGUAGUCCACCAGCAAUUUUGAUGAUAGUGUGAUAAUUAUUUUUUAAUAUUGGGGCGGGUGAGAUGUACCUUAGAAAUGUGUAAAUAUUGUGUGUAUUUAAAGUAUAAUACGUUAUAAUAAGUUUUCAUUGAUUUACGAAGCUUUAACGUUACCUGUAUCUUAAGGAUUGCUGUACAUAAUUUUAUAUUUGUGAUACAUUUCCGAUGCCAUGUACCGUUCUGUUUUAGAGGUACCUUCACUUUUUUCUAUGAGCGAUAACUACCUUAACGAUAGCGCGCACUGCGGUUUUUAAUCGUACAAUUUAACGUUUUCAAGCACUUGUUCAACGUAUGCGUUUUUAUUAAAUGCGACAAAGAGAGAAAAAAAAAAAAAAAAAAAGAAUUGUUCGAAAAUCAUGU